AUGGAUAAAAAAAGUGGUACACGAGUAUUUAAAAAAACUAGUCCUAACGGAAAAAUUACAACAUAUUUAGGAAAAAGAGAUUUCAUUGAUAGUGGUGACCAUGUAGAUAUAAUUGAUGGUAUGGUUUUGUUGGAUGAAGAAUAUGUUACAUCAGGAAAAAAAAUAAUGACACACUUGUUGGCUGCUUUUAGAUAUGGAAGAGAAGAUUUAGAUGUUUUAGGAUUAACAUUCAGGAAGGAUCUUGUCUCACAGUAUGUUCAAAUUUUUCCUGUAUUAGAAGAAAAUCAAAGUAGGCCAUUAACAAGACUUCAAGAAAGAUUAAAAAAGAAAUUAGGCCCAAAUGCUUUUCCUUUUUGGUUUGAAAUUCCACCACUUUCUGCCAGUUCAGUAACUUUACAACCAGCUCCGGGUGAUACAGGUAAACCAUGUGGGGUAGAUUAUGAAUUAAAGACAUAUGUUGAUGGAUGUGUUGAUAUUAAUGAUAAACCAAAAAAACAUAAUUCAAAACCUCAACCAAUAAUAGAGGUUAGCAAAGAAUUUAUGAUGAGCCCGGGUUUACUACAUCUUGAAAUUUCAUUAGAUAGAGAGAUGUUUUAUCAUGGAGAAACUAUUGCCGUGAAUGUUCAUAUCCAAAAUAAUUCUAAUAGAACUGUUAAAAAAAUUAAAGCAUUUGUUGUUCAGACUGCAGAUAUUUGUUUAUUUACUACAGCAACUUAUAAUUGUGAUGUUGCUAAAAUUGAAAGUACUGAAGGUUUUCCAGUUGGUCCUGGAAGUACAUUAUCAAAAGUUUAUAAUUUAAUGCCAUUGUUACUAUUUAAUCGUGAUAAAAGAGGUUUGGCACUAGAUGGACAAUUAAAACAUGAAGAUACAAAUUUAGCUAGUUCUACAAUUUUAAGUAAAAAUACAACUAAAGAAAAUUUAGGUAUAAUUGUACAGUAUAAAAUAAGAGUGAGGCUUUCUAUAGCAGGAGCUUUGGGUGGUGAAUUGGUAGCAGAAUUGCCAUUUACUUUAACACAUGCAAAACCAGCUGAAAGUCCAGUUGAAUCAAAAAAAAAUAUUUUAGAUAUUGAUAAUACAGAAACACUGGUAAAUGGAAAUGAUACUAAACCAGAGGAAGAAAUUGAUUUAAUUCAGUGGGAUUCUGAGCCAGAUGACAAUGGAAUUGAGGAGGAAAAAAAUGAUGUGAAGAAGACAUUUGAUGACUUAUUUUUUGAUGAAAUUGCAAAAUUUAAAAUAAAAGACACGGAAAAUGAAGCUCUACGAAAUCAUUUGCUUAAUUAA